AUGCGCUUCAACACCCUUUUCGCGUUUAGUCUUGUGACUGAUGUUGCAAUGGCUAGCGUUUGCAAACCUCGACCUUCCGCCAGUUCUAGUGUUGUGUCUGCCGAGACUGUUACUUCGACCAUUUCUGCCACUGCUCCAACGACGACUGUCGAAGCUGAAACGACGGCUUCUAUUCCUGCCGAUCUGUCGACUACUACCAGUCUCACGUCUACUGCUGAUGAUAAGACUACAACUGAGACUACCGAGCCAGCCACUACCACCGAAACAUCAGUGUCGGUCGAUUUGUCAACUACGCUUGCGACAACUGGCACUGCAGAGACCGCCACUACAGAUGCUACGACCACCGAGGAGGCUACACCCACUGCGGUGACUACGUCUGCGGAGACAACAACAGCCGAUGCCACCACCACAACCGCAGAUACCUUCGUUCCAAUCCCAACAUUCAACGUCAUCGCUACCGAUACGCAAGUCUACGGCCAAAAACUCCGCGGCCAUGUAACAACAGAUUACGAAAUGGGAUGGAACCUCGAAGGCUCCCCACCAAUCCUCGCAUUCUCCAUCGACUCCGACACAAACCAAGUCAGAGAAAUAGCCAAUGGAAACUACCUUUGUCUCCAAUACGGCGUCAGAGACAGCGAUAGCGAUAGCAACAGCGACAUCCACUUCCUCAAGCUCUGCGAUCCCGGCACCGAGACCAACGUCAUGGGCGGGAUCGCUAUGGUCACAUGUGAGCAGACUCGCGAUCGCAGGCUGAAGUGCUCUGCUCCCGCUGGGCAGUGCGUGGAGGACUCUCUUACUAGGAUCCCGAUUUGUUCGGCCCUGCCUGGGACGUUUACGGGAUUUUAUGCGUAUUCUGGUUUGACAACGGGUAUUGCUCUUGUUAUGGGACGGGAGGGUAAUGAUCCUACUGCUGAUACGCAGACUAUUGACUUUGAGAUUGAACCUGCUGUAAUCUAUGAUUAA